CUGUGGUGCAUUUUUUGUUAUUUUUUGCUUGGAUGACAAACCAAACCACCCACCAAAGCUCCUGAGCAUUCAAAGAAAAAUAGAAAAGUUACAUUUCAUAGAACUCUAAACCAUUCCUUUCUAUAUUUCUAAAUUAAUUUCCCACUGGUAAGAUUCGAUUCUUACAAAAGUAUUUGUUCAAUAAAAUGGCCGAAGAAUCACCGGCCUAAGACUGAAGGGGGACUGCAAAUAUGGGUUCAGAUAUUUCUGACUUCAUUGACAAGAAGACUUUCCAGGAGAAGAAGGAGCAUUUAUUUUUAUUACAUCGAAGAGCCAAUGAAGAACAACUUACAAAUUUUCACUGCUUUGAAUCUUGUGGAGUUUACUUCUCUCUUCAUUCGGUGAAAAUGAGGUUCUACGGCGUGCUAUUCGAGUAAGAAAGGUGCCCAAGCAGGGUUCGUGCUUCCUUUCAAUGGAUAACGGCAACAUGAAAAAACUGGCAACUGUAAGAAUUCUUAAAGAAAUUUAGAGAGCCACGUGGAAAUGAAUACAUGAGCUGUUUGACCUUAUAUGUGGCACAUCAACUGGUGACAUGCUUGCAGUUGCUCUUGCAAUCAAGCUCAUGUCUUUAGAAAAGUGUGAAGAAAUAUAUAAGGACCUUGUUUCUUUGCAAAGGAGAUGCGGAGGAUAUAUACAAUUUGCUUUGUUUAAGAGCCGGACUUCCUCAAAGGAGACGCGGAUGAUAUCAACAACUUGCUUUGACGGGUUAUCAAAAUCAUGCCUCUUUUCUGAUCCUCACUAUUAUCAGGUAUGUUUCCACCAUUUAGAGAAUUUUCCUUGGCCUUUUGCAUUUCGAAGUUUCUUUGCAGAUGUUCUAGCCGACAUGUAGGCUGCUUUGAGUUGUGCUUAAUAACGAUGAAGAAAGUAAUUUAAAAAAUGUAUGUAAUUCUUGGCCUUAUACGAAGUAUUAUGAGAUUAUUAUGGUUUUAUACUAAGAGACAUUUUGGGGUUUUAAACACCCCUGGCAUGGUGAUUCACAUUGGUGGUGGUUAUGGGUCAUAUAAUCAUUGUAAUCGAUUCAUUGUGAUUUGGAGAGUUGGAGCACAACUCUACUCUAUAGCAUGCAAGAGUUCAAGUAGGACAUGAGUUUUACACUAAAACUCUGCAUUUUUCGAGUAAAGAUGGACGACUUAU